AAAGCUCGUCGGGCAGUCGGACCAAAAGAAAAAAAAAACAUAGGCUUAUGUUUUCCCAUCCCAGCGAUUUCCGGCCAUCUAGAGUCUUGUUUUGGGAGGAGGGGAGACCCCUCCCAUACUCACCCCCUGCUCGGGCCUUCGGCCCUCAGAUAACGCUGCGCACUAAAGUUACAACCAUAAAUACUUAACCCCCCCCCAUUCGGACAUCUUAGUUCCCCUAUAAAUUAUAUCCUAGAGUCGCCACUGGCUAGAAAGUGCAAGUUCCUUGAUAAGUUCCUCAAAAUGUAUCACUAUAUAAAGUUGAGUGAUUUUUUCUUAUUUUGAGACUGUUGUAAUUGUUGUGAUGCAAUAGAAAAAAAAUUAAGUGUCCCCUAGUAUGGGUUAUUUGACCAUUUGGCACACUCAGAAAGUGUCCCCGUCCCCUUAAUAGGGGUUAGCCGCAGUGUUAAAAGAUAUAUCGCCCCUCAUUUCACGGAAAAGUUUCCCCUUAAUAGGGGUGACCCAAAGGAUGGGUUUUACUGUAGUAGCGCAUGUGUUAUUCCUUCAAUACUGAAUGUGUGUUUAUGAAAGUAACCUUUGGCCAUUGUACUGUCGAUGAUUAACUUAUUGGUGGUUGUUGUACUGUUUAAAAUUAUUAAGCAAAAUUUCAUAAGCUUAUGUACUUUGUUAUCUGCCGGUGAAUCAUGAAGCGGCCCAUUGCUCAGCUAUUAACAAUAACAAAAAUCCAGUAGGUUCAUGCACUGCUAAUAUUUUACCAGUCAUUUGAAUUUUCGUAUUAAGAAGUUAAAUACUUUACCGAUUUGGAGGCCAGCGAAAGACAUCUUCGCCAGAUAGACCUCUGUGGGCAGCUUGCUAACCAACGAUGAAGACAACCGAGUUUUACAACCAUUAAAGUGAGCUAACGUGAAUUUCUGUAAACCAGUUGCCAUACCAUGGCUUGCAGGCUCUUAACCUCUGCCACCAAUUGGUUUUAACUUCAUCAAGACUUUAAUGACAUUCAUUGUCAAAAUGAAGAGUAGGCGACACCUUUUUCUAAGGUCACUGAUAAUCAGUAUUCUUCUAGUAAUUAUAACUGGGCCAGGUUUGUGUAGCAGUAUCAAUGUCUUAACCCCUCCGACGCAACAAGCUACUGUUGGAUAUGCCACUUCCCUUCAAUGUUUUUAUGAGCUGGAGACAGCCUUAGAUGAUGAUGUCAUAGAUAUAACAUGGACACACAUAGUUGAUCGGAACAGUCUAAUUCAAAUUAUCGAGAGAAACGUUUCUAAAGUUGACGGGUAUUCCCUGGUAGGCGAGUUAUAUGGGGACGCCAGUCUGGGCAUCGCCACCGUGAAGGAAUCAGAUGAGGGCCUCUUUGUAUGUAAAGUUGUAAGCAGCGUCCAUGUUGUAUCUGCUUCUUCUACAACACAGCUAGAAGUGCAAUGGAAUAAUGUACCAAAAACCAAACAGAAGCCUCCAGGAACACUUCAGUUGGGAAACAACGUCAAUAUUACAUGUGUAGCAGAUGCGCUACCUUCUUCAACUAUAGAAUGGUCAAUAAAUAACCGUUCAAUACCAGUUGGCAAUAGUCAUUACCAUGUUCAGGGCGCUUUGCUAUCCAUAAACAAUCUAACGAGGGCGGAUCAUCAUGCUGAAAUCAGAUGUAGUUCUGUGAACAAUGUUGGACUGCAACUAAGCAAAGCACUUUUAUUACCAGUCGAAUAUGGACCAAAAAUUGUUUUGUCGUUAUCAGAAAAUAUAGUGACAUGUACCGUAGACGCAUUUCCAGUGGCUACCGUAAUUAUAUACGAGAACACUACUAAUCAAUAUAAACAAGUUGAGGAUACAGCAGUUGAAAUACACAUAGAAGACUGUAAACACGUGACUUGUAACGCGACCAAUUAUGUGUCAGCAAUAUCUUUCACAAGCUUUGUUUGUGAAAAUGAACAAAAACCAACAUACAAACCGAAUCCUCAAACAGGGUUAAAUGGAGGAGCAGUUGCUGGUAUCGUAAUUUCAAUUAUUGCAGUUUGUCUUCUCAUUGCUGGCAUUGUAAUUUGGAAAAAAAAAAAUUCAUUUAAAUAUAUGCGACCAACUCAACGAAAGGAUUUGGAUUGGUGAUGUCGGUCUGGAACAGGAUGUAAUUAAUGCGACAGAAAGUAUUUUUUAGCAUAAAAGGCAGUUGAAAAGGAAUUGAAAAUGCGCAAAUGUUUGAAAGCGAGUAAAAAUUGCACAGAAAGGAGAGAAGCUACGAAGAAAUAAAAUUAAGAGAUGAUUUGGAGUAGAGUGGCUUAGUGGUUAUAUGCCUGUGUUCUUAAUCCCAGGCUACUGGGUUCAAUUCGCUUGACAGAAGGACAUUCUCACAACUAAAACUACUCCAAUCACUUACCAUAGAGUUCUAUUUUCUCUAUGCACUUUCUAGGGAGCUUUCGAUUUGUCCGACGACACGACGCUAGAACGGAAUCACUCAUGCCUGACUGCCCUACCUGGCGUUCAACGUUCUCUGCAUACGUAUAUUUGGCCAAAUUGCGUUCCAGAAUCUACUAGAUGAGGUGACCUUAACGUUCUCGCAUGCGCAGAUGACUUUUAGUGACGUCAUUACGUUCUGCGUCCUACCGUCGUCGUGCAAUCGAAAGUUCCCUACUUCCCAUUGGAUGUAAAUAAAAUAAAAUACAGUAAGUUAUCUAAACGAAGACAUAAUGGGAAAAUACGAAUUGAAACUUGCAGGGACUUAAAGCUCUGCCCAGAUUAUCAAAUUUUCUUUGACAAAAAACUGCUGUAUGCACAUAUAAUAACGAUGUGCUCAUAUGCUGUAUGGUUAUGAUGUGAUAUCAUCAUUACCAUACUUAGGCAUGUCACAUAAUUUUGUUAAAUAAAAUUAUUAUUAGGGUAUUAUUAUUAUUAUUAUUAUUAUUAUUAUUAUUAUUAUUAUUAUUAUUAUUAUGGUAUUAUUAUUAUUAUUAUUAUUAACAUUAAUAAUAAUUAUAGUAAUAAUAAUAAAAUAUUAUUAAUAAUAAUAAUAAUACCAUCACCAUUACGAUCGCUCAUUACCUUAUUUGGUAAAACAUUGGCUUAGCUUAUUAAUAUUCAUUUCAAUUUUGUACCUAUACUCGUAGUUAAGAAUGGCGAGUUUUUUUGGUAUGUUCUGUUUGUACUGAAGAUUGGUUGAAGAGUACACCCGAAACAUGUUUACCAUUAAAUCCUUAGUUCUUUUCUUAAAAUAUGUUUUUUUCUUCAUCAACUUACGUUGGUUUGAUAAUAAUACCAUCAUUACGGUCGCUCAUUACCUUAAUUGGUAACACAUUGGCUUAGCUUAUUAAUAUUCAUUUACAUUUUGUAUCUAUAUUCGUAGUUAAGAAUGGCGAGUUUUUUUGGUAUGUUCUGUUUGUAC